AUGCAUAAGAUUUUAGGCAGAAGACCUUCUGUUUCGCCAAGGAGCAGAUCCCAGAAAUCUGUUAGAGCGGAAUCGUCCAUCAGAUCCCAGAAAUCUGUCAGAGCGGAAUCGUCCAUCCGAUCCCAGAAAUCUGUCAGAGAGGAAUCGUCCAUCAGAACUGCUCGAGCAGCGACACCCAGAGACAGCUCGAGAGCUUUGCGUCCAACAACUCCAAGAGCUGCUCGACCAACUACACCUAAGGACAGCUCGAGAGCUUUGCGUCCAACAACUCCAAGAGCCUUGCGUGCAAGGACUCCAAGAGUGAGGAGAAGCACAACACCAAAGCUGAUGGACGCGUGUCCGUCAGGUUCUCUACACUCGAAUUUCCAAAUAUAUCUUCCUCCACGACAACCUUCCCAACCGACGAAGAUUCCAAUCACCAAAAAGUCCACAGACUCAUCGGUGAGGACCGCCAGAGCCUCCACGCCGAAGAAAACUUCACCUCCUAAGCCGAUCGGUCAAAGCCGAUUAAUAAAGAAACCAGCUCCCACAGCUCCACUUCGGAAACCUGCAGUGGCCAAGAAACCCUCACCACCAGUUCCUAAGCGGGAUACUACAGUGUCCACCACGACAACUGAAGUUAGAAGAAAAGUGUUGGCUAACGACAUGACUAGCCCAACUGCUCAUCACACAAAACUCCCGUAUCCAGCUCUGUUUGGCUCAAGGAUGCGGCAGACUUGCAACGUGCUUCACCUGAUGGAGGAUCAUCCAGUAAGACAACUGAAACCACUACUACAACGACUACAAUAA